CCGCACAUCCGCCUCAGGAGCCAAACUUUAGCUCGUAGCCGUAGCUGUAGCACAACAAGUCAGCUGUCAGUAAGCAAAGCAAACGCUCCGAAGGCACGUUGUCCCGCGCAUCAGUGGUUUUCACGCUGGUAUGGAGCUGUAAGAAGAAUUUAUAAACAGAGUGCUGAGGAAUGGUCUGACUGCAGCAGUAAACAUGCACAGCCGUUUGCAGGAGCUGAAGAAGGAAGAGGAAACUCUUCUCAAGAUCAAAGUCAUGUUACAGGACCAGCUGAACAGACUGAAGUUCGAAGAGGGGGCCUUGAAGUCUAUUAUUAAUGCUCAGUCAGAAGAAGGAGCUUCUCAGCGCUCAUCCCAAGAAACCGAGGUUCACAUUAAUCUUGAUGAUGAGAGCGAGAUCAACCGAACCAAACUCCUACUGAAUGCCGCUGUAGAUUAUGAUAUGGAAGAGGAAGAGGAGGAGGAAGACGACGAAGAAGAAGACGAAGAGGAGGAGGACGAAGAUGAGAAUGAGCUCCAGUUUGUACCUGAGGAAGAUGAUGGGGAGGAGGAUGACUAUUGAGAUUCAGGGGGUGUCCCGUUUUUUCAGGAGCUGACUGAUGUCUGUUUGUUUGCCCGUUUUGUAUUACCAGUUAAGAAGUUUAAUUUAUUUGGAUGGAGUAUCAGUUACAGUGAAAUGAUGUGUGGUGCUGUAUAUCUUCUCCUUUGCCCGACUUAAGGCAUGCCAUCCAAAUCUCACACAUGUUAGUCGUGUCAAAUUUAGUGAGAAACAUCUCACUGAUAUGCAGUAAGACAGUGUUAUUAGGUGCUUAUAGCUAUAUUAGACCUAUAGUGUGUUUUGAGGAUGAGAAGGAGCGCAGCAGUUCACUUAAAAAUCAAAAAUCGGAUGGUGAGAUGUGUCUGUUGAUGAAAAUGUAUGGCUGGGCCAUAUAAGAAGAUACUAUGUUUGCAUUACGUACGAAAUAAUAAUUGUAAGCACAAAAUAAAUGUUUUCCAUAGGU